AUGACUGCCAUGUCACCGGGUUCCAACUACUCAUCGACAAGUUCCAACACCUCUUCAACAGCGUCCCACUACUCCUUGGCUGGUGCUUGCUGCGACAAUCAUCGCAACUCAUGGUCUGAUAUUUGCUAUCAUGAGCAGUCAAAUAGUCCCUCCUUAGAACCAAUUCCGCUAUCACCUCUCAAUGCUGUUGUGCACACCGCUCGCUAUACACAUGAAUUACAUUUACCAACACCUGGUCCCUCCACCUUACUCCCGUCAUCAUUAUCCGAUUUGUUGACCUCUUCCAAUACAUCAGAGAAUUUGAUUGGUCAGCAAAAGAAAACAAUCUCAAACCAUGUUUCGCUGCAGUUAGAACAAAUUAUCUGGAGUAAUGGGCAGCUUAGAGAUCAAGUCCAAGAUCUUCUUGGCAACGUUAUCCCUCAACUACUAGCAACAUUGUUGGUAAUUCCACUUAAUAACACAUUGGAUACCUUUCUUGCAGUGCUCAAGGAAUUGGAUGAAACCAUGUAUCCACAUGUUACAUUCUGGCACCACUCGCAGUGGAAAGCUGUUGAAAAAGAAGAAAAAGAGAAGGAAAAGGAAGGCAGAGGAGAAAGGGGACUGAGUCGUCACAAGAAUGGUAAUCCUGUUUCAGGUGAUCGGAUAUCUGCAAUGGGGGAUUAUGCACAAUGUCUCUUCCAUGAAUUCGCACUUGCUGGUUAUGUUUCCAGUGGUUCAUGGGAGAGGCUUGCGAUCUUCCUGAAGAUUUGGUUUUUCUAUUUUUUCCGAAUUUUAUUUCCAGAACUGCGGUUAUGUUUUGGCAACUGGAAGACGGAACACUAUGCGAAGGUGACAUUUGCUGGAUGGUGGCAAGCACGGGGGAAAGACUAUGUAGACAUUCUUCAAGUUAAACCAACCAAACUGGAAGAGAAACCGACUGAUAUGGAGGUGUUGGACCUUACAGCGGCAGUUACUUCUGUCGCUAUUCUGAUCUGCCCAACUUCCAAAUCUCAAGUACGUGGUGCUAAACGAGCUCAAUUUGAUUCAGUUCCCUCCUGUGGUUCAUUGACAUCAGCAUCAACAUCGACUGCAUCUGGCCAACUCAACAGUUCACUGAGUGGGAAUUCUAGUGAGGAAGUCGCACCCCCGAAGAAAAAACUGAAACACAGUGCUUCUCAAUGA